CCUUUUUAUUUUUCCUGGCAGGAGGGAUGUGUCCUUUUCGGCACAUCAGUGGUGAAAAGACAGUGGUUUGUAAACACUGGUUACGAGGCCUGUGCAAAAAAGGGGACCAGUGUGAAUUCUUGCACGAGUAUGACAUGACCAAGAUGCCAGAAUGUUACUUCUAUUCAAAAUACGGGGAAUGCAGCAACAAGGAGUGUCCAUUCCUGCACAUCGACCCAGAAUCUAAAAUCAAAGACUGCCCUUGGUAUGACCGAGGUUUCUGUAAACACGGUCCUCUCUGCAGACACAGACACACACGGCGUGUUAUUUGUGUGAAUUACCUGGUAGGCUUCUGUCCAGAGGGCCCUGCGUGCAAAUUCAUGCAUCCUCGGUUUGAACUUCCCAUGGGAACGACAGAGCAGCCGCCCCUGCCGCCCCCAACGCAGCCUCAACAAAAGCAGAACAACAACGCGCCAUUGCAGAGGUCCUCCUCUCUCAUCCAGCUGACCAGUCAGAAAUCUUCCCCCAACCAACAGAGGACCCCACAGGUCAUUGGGGUCAUGCAGUCCCAAAACAACAGCAUAGGGAACAGAGGCCCACGCCCCCUGGAGCAAGUCACCUGUUAUAAGUGUGGUGAAAAAGGACAUUAUGCCAACAGAUGUACCAAAGGACAUUUGGCUUUCCUUAGUGGGCAAUGAACCAACGGACUUUACAGCAUUUUCAUAUACGUCUUUACGAGCCAAAUUAUCUCUAGUAUCAUCUUAAAAGACUGAACCACCUUUUUUUUAUACCUGCACCAAAGGACUGGCCAGUGAAAGGAUUACUUGAUCUGCAAUUACUUUUUUUGUUUUGGCAUUUUCUUGUUUUAAUUUUUACGGCUACAAUGUAGUGCCUCUCCCUGUUCACAGCCUGAAGAAGCAAAUGUCAUACACAAGCCUUCUAAAAGCAAAAACAAUUGGGACAGGGGUUUUUGGUUCAAAAGGGUGGAGCUUCUUCAAAAAUGUUUAGCCUGUUUUUUUCAACAGUUCUUGGCAGAAGAUGAUAAAUAUGUGUGUGUGUGAGCAACUGCCCAGCUCUGCUUUGUUCUGAAUCUUUGUGUUCCUUGUCUAGGCUGGGCUAAAGGCUAAUUCAAGAUGGAAUUUUGUUUGUCAGGAGAAGUGGGUCCAGUUUGUAUUUGUCUACAUCUAUAGUUUGUACUUUAAGGGGAAAAAAACAAGUUUUUUUUUAAAUCGUCAUAAUUAGUGGCUGAACAAAUGCAGUCAGAAAACUCCAAAUUAUGAAAAGCAGUGUUAGGCUUAUGGGAAAAUCAAAUCUUUCAUUCUGAAAGUGAUCCCAACUAUGUGCCACCACAAUGCAGUUUUGCAGAGCACACUAAAAAUGAUCAGAAGUUCCCUAGGAACAUCAUGUUCUGACAUCCAAAAUUCUUCAAUCAGUUGAAAGCUUAAAAAAGAAAACAAAAACGAAUCCUGUUUUAGAAGUAAGCUGCAGUUCUCUAUAAAAACCGAUUCUUUAAAAGAUCCUCGCUGCAGAAUAUUUUGUCAUGUCAUUAAGUUGGUCUUGGAAGACUGUUAUAUACUGUUAACUGGAAAGUCACAAAACAAUUAUUCUGAGAAUCUGAUUUGGUGUAUAUUUUCUAAGCAUUCCAGAUACAAAGCUUAGCAUUUUUUAUCAAGAGUAAAAAAAACAAAAAACUGCCAUUU